UAUAAGUAAGCCCCACCGACACCUUUUUUUCCUUUUUUUUCUUUUUUAUCUCACCAGCCUCUUGCGUUGCGCUCUCUCUCUCUCGAAGAGUCUCCUAGGGUUCUGUCCUCCUCCGAUCCUUCUCUCGGGCGAUCGAUAGCGGUGGUCAUGGCGGAGAAGAAGAUCACUUUGAAGAGCUCCGACGGCGAGGUGUUCGAGGUGGAUGAGAUGGUCGCGAUGGAGUCCCAGACGAUCAAGCACAUGAUCGAGGACGACUGCGCCAGCAACGGCAUCCCCCUCCCCAACGUCACCAGCAAGAUCCUCUCGAAAGUGAUCGAGUACUGCAAGAAGCACGUAGACGCCGCCGCCGCCGCCGCCUCCAAGUCUGCCGCCGACGACACCUCCUUCAAGCUCGCCGACGAUGAUCUCAAGACCUGGGAUGCGGAGUUCGUCAAGGUCGACCAGGCCACCCUCUUUGACCUCAUCCUGGCAGCAAAUUACCUUAACAUAAAGGGACUACUGGAUUUGACGUGCCAAACAGUUGCUGACAUGAUCAAGGGAAAGACCCCAGAAGAAAUUCGCAAGACCUUCAAUAUCAAAAAUGACUUCACACCUGAGGAAGAGGAAGAGGUGCGGCGGGAGAACCAGUGGGCGUUUGAAUGAGCAUAUCGAACUUUGCUGGUGGCCUUGGCGUUCGUGGGUUGUAGUUAGGCUGGAAAAUGUGGCAAACGUUGUCAAAGGAUCUUGUUUGUCAAAAAACUCUCACUUUAUGCUUUAGCUACGCUGUUUGCUGCUCACGGGGUACACGUGAGGAUGGUCUGUUUGGUUAUUUUGUCAAAAACAAGUGUCCAUUCUGAGAGUAAUGGCUUCUCGUUUGAGUUAAUCUGAAGGGUUUCAAAUC